GUGGCCGUUUCCUGCUGGCCUGGCGGCGGCUGCACGGGGCGGGCGGGAGGAUGCGGCGCAGGUCUCGGCUGCUGCUCUGCUUCGCCUUCCUCUGGGUGCUGGGCAUCGCCUACUACAUGUACUCGGGGGGCAGCGCCGCGCUGGCCGGGGGCGGCAGGAAGGAGGACCCAAAUGACAUUGAUGCACUAAAAAAGAAAGACCCUCGCAGUAACAAUGGGGAAGACAAAGUACAAAGUGUGGAGACCCUACCUCCAGGAAAAGUUCGAUGGCAAGAUUUUGAUCAAGACAGUUAUGUUGGUGUUACUAUGGUCCGAUCUGGUCAGGACCCAUACGCUCGUAAUAAGUUCAAUCAAGUAGAAAGUGACAAACUGCAAAUGGACAGAAACAUACCUGAUACCAGGCAUGAUCAGUGUCAACGGAAACAAUGGCGGAUAGACCUGCCAGCCACUAGUGUAGUGAUCACCUUCCACAACGAGGCCAGAUCUGCUUUACUUCGAACUGUUGUCAGUGUGCUUAAAAAAAGCCCAUCACAUCUUAUCAAAGAAAUCAUACUGGUGGAUGACUACAGCAAUGAUCCUGAGGAUGGUGCUCUGUUGGGGAAAAUUGAGAAAGUGCGGGUUCUUCGAAAUGAUCGUCGAGAAGGCUUGAUGCGCUCCCGUGUCAGAGGGGCAGAUGCAGCGCAGGCUAAAGUACUGACAUUCCUGGACAGUCACUGUGAAUGCAAUGAGCACUGGCUGGAACCUCUUCUGGAGAGAGUUGCUGAGGACAAGACCAGAGUUGUGUCUCCUAUAAUUGAUGUAAUUAAUAUGGACAACUUCCAGUACGUGGGGGCGUCAGCUGAUUUAAAAGGCGGCUUUGAUUGGAACUUGGUGUUCAAAUGGGAUUACAUGACACCAGAGCAAAGAAGAGCAAGACAAGGAAACCCAGUUGCUCCCAUAAAAACACCAAUGAUAGCUGGCGGGUUGUUUGUGAUGGACAAAUUCUAUUUCGAAGAGUUAGGAAAGUACGAUAUGAUGAUGGAUGUGUGGGGUGGAGAAAACUUAGAGAUUUCAUUCAGAGUGUGGCAGUGUGGAGGGAGCCUUGAAAUUAUCCCAUGCAGCAGAGUGGGUCAUGUAUUCCGCAAGCAACAUCCUUACACCUUCCCUGGUGGGAGUGGUACUGUGUUUGCAAGAAAUACGCGUAGGGCAGCAGAAGUGUGGAUGGAUGAGUACAAAAAUUUCUAUUACGCAGCAGUGCCUUCAGCCAGAAACGUACCUUAUGGCAAUAUUCAAAGCCGAAUGGAACUGAGAAAGAGACUUAGCUGCAAACCUUUCAAGUGGUAUCUUGAAAACGUCUAUCCUGAGUUAAGGGUACCUGAUCAUCAAGAUAUAGCUUUUGGGGCUUUGCAGCAGGGUACCAAUUGCCUCGACACUUUGGGCCAUUUUGCAGAUGGUGUUGUUGGAGUUUAUGAAUGUCAUAAUGCUGGGGGAAACCAGGAAUGGGCCUUAACUAAGGACAAGUCAGUGAAACAUAUGGAUUUGUGCCUUACUGUUGUGGAUCGAGCACCUAGUUCACUAAUAAAACUCCAGGGCUGCAGAGAAAAUGACAGUAGACAGAAAUGGGAGCAAAUUGAGAGCAACUCUAAACUGAGACAUGUUGGCAGUAAUCUGUGUCUAGACAGCCGAAAUGCCAAAAAUGGCGGUCUUACUGUUGAGGUCUGCAAUCCUUCUCUGUCGCAACAGUGGAAAUUCACACUUAAUCUACAGCAGUAGAAGGGCUUACACACAACGCCAUCUUGUUUCCUAGACAUUGGGCAAAGUUUUGAUUGCAUUACUGAUAUAUUUCUUAAACUUUCCACGGAACUUAUAUACCUCAGUAUUCCAUCUUCGUCUGAAAGUAGGAGAGAACAAAGCUGAACACAAGGGAACCAAGGGGACGUGGAACACUGCAAUUAUCUCACUGAACGUAUGCAGCAAAGUUCCCUUCUGGUGUAAAGACUUCUCAGUUCCUGUCUGACUUCAGUUUAGUACUUGCACAGCAGAUGAUUAACAUCCCUAGAAACAACUGAUGUACAGUAGAAAAUGGAUCUUAACACGCAGAAGGAGG